AUCAGUUAGUCUGCCAUUGCGCUUACAACCAAUUUACACAUGGAGACAGGAAUGUCUAGAUAACAUCGAGAUAUAUAACAACAUACAUAACCAUUAUCUCAGCAUUAUUUUCUGAUAGAACUUAACAAAACCUAGUCUAGUCUUGAUCGUACCGUAUGUUCUGUUGACACUGCAAAGUGUGCGUUUAUGUUGCGAUUUAAGUACAACGUAGAAUCGCAAUGAAAUGGAACAUUGAUUGUAUGUAUCCAACGUUAGAUUGUUUGUUGGUUGCUUUUAACUUAGAUGCUUUAUGUAUUGCUAACAGGCUAUAUUGUUGACGGAAAAGCAAAAACAACGUUCAUAGACUGAAACCAGUACGCUGAAGAAGUUUGCAAAUAAUGUUACUGUCUGGAAGCAACUUCCACAGUCGUCAUGCAGCUGCAGGUCAACCUAUUUUUUCUUUCUUUCUGUUUAUUUUUAAUACUGUUGGAGGCAGCAGAUUUGCAUUAUUGUGAAAACAGUGGAACUCAUCUCGACGGCAACAGCCAACUGCAUGUCCACUUCAAACGAAGUAACUUCAGUUUCUCUGGGAAGAAAACGGACUCAUGUGCAUUGGACUCCCUCAGGUUAUCGUGUAGAAAAUUAAUUGAUAUUUUUCCACUGGAUGAAGUAAAAGACAAUUUUGUAAGGACAGUGAAUCACUGUGUAUUCUCGGUUACUCAACCGACCCCACUGAAAGGCCCUCUGAAAGUCGCAGCUGUAUCGAAGGAUGUUCUUGAGGAGAUUUUGGAUUUGAAUUCCUCUGUUUCACAGAUUGAUGAUUUUGCCCAUUACUUCAGUGGUGGAAAACUAUGGCCAAGGUCUGUCCCCCUUGCACACAGAUAUGGCGGGCACCAGUUUGGCUUCUGGGCAGGUCAGCUUGGAGACGGUAGAGCACAUCUGCUUGGUGAAUACACAAACAAGAAUGGUGAAAAAUGGGAACUGCAGCUGAAAGGGUCUGGAAAAACACCCUAUUCACGGUCUGGAGAUGGGCGGGCUGUGAUCCGCUCCUCAGUCAGAGAGUUCCUGUGCAGCGAGGCUAUGCACUACAUGGGCGUGCCCACCAGCCGGGCUGCCAGUCUCAUUGUAAGUGAGGAGCCAGUUUGGAGAGACCAGUUCUAUAACGGAAAUUUGAGAAAGGAGAGAGGAGCUGUUGUUCUCCGCUUGGCUCCGUCUUGGUUUCGCAUUGGAUCACUGGAGAUCUUAGCCAUAGCCGGAGAAUUGGAUGUGUCACAGAAAUUAUUAAACUACAUUAUCGAAGAACACUUCCCUUCCAUAAAAUUAAGUGAUCCUGAUAAAUAUUUGGUUUUUUAUUCAAAGGUUGUAAACGAAACGGCUCAUCUUAUUGCGCAGUGGAUGUCCGUUGGCUUUGCACAUGGUGUAUGCAACACUGACAACUUCAGUCUACUCUCAAUUACCAUUGAUUAUGGUCCAUUUGGAUUUAUGGAAUCCUAUGACCCAAAUUUCAUCCCCAACAGCUCGGACGACGAGGGCAGGUACAGUAUAGGAAAUCAGGCAAACAGCGGUUUGUUCAACCUGGAGAAGCUUGGAGAGGCCCUGAAGCCGGUACUGACUCCCAAGCAACUGCCUAUAAUUGAUUGGAUUCUGAAAGAAUACCCUGGUAUUUACCAGAGACGAUUUCACGGGCUAUUUAAAGCAAAGCUGGGUCUGCUGGGAAACCAGGAAAAGGAUGAUUAUCUGAUUGCCUACUUACUGAAGCUAAUGGAGGACACUGGGGCGGACUUCACCAUGACGUUCCGGCACCUCAGCGAGCUCCCUGCCCGUCGGCUGCUGGAACCCACCAUCCCACAGGAGAUGUGGGCUCUGUGGGAUCUGGCCGCCCAUGAGUUCUUCUCUAAUUGGAUCAGCAUGUACCUGCUGAGGCUUCAGAGACAAGAGGAAGAUUCUGAUGAAGACCGACAGAGCAGGAUGAAAAGAGUCAAUCCGAGAUACGUCUUGAGGAACUGGAUGGCCGAGUCUGCAAUCACAAAAGCUGAAAAUAAUGAUUUCUCAGAGGUGCAGCUGCUGCAGCAGGUCCUGCAGCACCCCUUCCGGGAGCAGGAAGCUGCAGAGGAAAUGGGGUAUGCUGCCCGCCCCCCCAGCUGGGCCCGGAGUCUCCGAGUCAGCUGUUCCUCCUGACAAAUGCUGUGCCUUCCAGCUUUCAGCAACACAUCACUGUCACAAACUUUCCAGGCUGUGCAAACACUCUACAGCAGGGAUCAUGAACUCUGGGCCUCGAAUCCAAAUCCAGCCCUGGUUUUCUUUUCUCCUGGGUAAUUAGUGCUACUGAUUGGCCAGACUGUCUUCACAUCUGACUCCCAAGCAAAGGGAGGGUGGAAAACCAGCAGUUCUUGGCCCUCGAGGACCGUGAGUUGCUGUUCCCUGCUCUACAGUGUACAAAAAUUGGCUUCUUUAGUCAAAGGGGUUUUUUUCAGGCAGUUGUAUUUGCAUUUUUCUAUUUUUAAUGUUGAAAUAAAUAUACUCAGUACUUUUGUGCAAGACAACCUGAGGAACUGACCUUGCUAAUUAUCACAUGUCUGACAUUAUCAAAAAUACUUAAAUCAAUGGGUUAAAUCAUUAGGGCUACUGCAUGUACAAGCCAGAUACAUGACAUGUGCUAUAAACUCAUGCUGACAAAUUUAGGGUAAUCUGGUUAUUCCUGUUUGCGUCACCAAUUAUAAAAACAGACUACACGAUUAUAAAACAGACUCCAAGACUACAAGCAUGUGACUGAAGCCACGUGAUUUGAACCUGCUUCCGACACGCCCUGUAAAUGCAUGUGUGGGCCAUGGUCUAGGUCUCUGCAUUGUUACAGGGACUUCAAGCCUGUUGGGUCAUUCAACUCCCCCGUAGCCGUACCGCAUUAAUUGCGUACGUGUGAGGGCUGCCCCGCAGCUCUUUUGAAAGCGCUGGGUCAGUGCAGUGAUGCUACCUGUGGUCUGGAAUGGAAUCCUGACUGUUUUGGUCAGGGCUGUGGUCAGCAGACCCACGGGUCAGUACGAAAUGAGAAUUGGCAGUAGCCCCUCCCAGGGGUUUUUUUUCCCUGUGGAAUUAUCCUUAUUUCAUUGCACAGCUAGAGCUCCUCUGACAAAGGUCAGCUUGCAGCAGUUGUGUGUGAGACGACAUCCUCCGAUGCAGUGACUGCAAAGCUCACCCUGUGGGCCGCAGUG